AUGCAUUCUUCUAUCGUCCUUUUCGGUGUUUUGGCUAUGGCAGUCGUUCAGCAAGUGACAGCAUUGCCCGCUCCUCAUCAAGAUGGCGAACGUAGUACUGUCAAGCGCGAUGAUGAUGAUGGCUAUAGAGGUCUUGAUCACUCCAUUACGGCUGGUCUCCUUAAUGCACAAGGCAACGACCUCUUUAAAGACUUUGGACCUGUUGGUUUGAUCGCCAACGGCGACCACGAAUCGGAUGACUAA